UCUCUCUCUCUCUUUCUCUCUUUCCAUCCUCUUGUUUCCUCUCCUCUGGUCUGUCUCAUCCUCGUCUCGCUGUUGAUCCGUCUCUAAAAUGAUCGCAGACGCACAUCAGAUGUUGAGGAUUCAUGUACCUGGAGGCUGGAGCUGAACUCGACGAUGUCAUUUGGAUGUAAAUAGGUUACCCCUGUGGACAGAGACGACACAGAAAGCAAGCUUACCUGCCCUUCCUGAAGCUUUAGUUAUUGUUCUGAUAAGCAAAUCAUCAUGGAUCUGUCAUUUAUGGCCGCGCAGAUCCCAGUGAUGACAGGAGCCUUCAUGGACUCAUCGCCUCACGAUGACUACAGCACGGAUCACUCUCUCUUCAACUCCUCUGCUAGCGUCCACGCCGCCGCUCUGGCAGCUCACAAUCAACAGGAGGAGCAGCAGCCCAUGUCCCGGGACGCCAUCUGGUUGUGGAUCGCCAUCACGGCCACCAUCGGGAACAUCGUUGUGGUGGGCGUCGUCUACGCCUUCACGUUCUGAACUUUGGAGACAUGUUCGACUUUGAGUCCCUCAAAUACAGGACCUUGGGCCCCUCAUCAGACAAACAGUGUGUGCAGUCUUUCAACAAAAAAUUACACGGUGUUAGUUGUUUAUUUGGUUGUUUUUUUGUUUGUUUGUUUUUUACGCAGAACGGUACUUAGAAGCUCCAGAAAUCAUUUUUGAUUCAUUGUAAUUUUCAUGUUGCAAACCUUUUAGAUUGUUCAAUGCUAAAUAAGUGUAACAUGAGGUGUUUUUUUUCCUGAGAAAGUAAUACUGCCAGACUUUUGCCAAAUAAUUUAUACGUUUUUGCUUUUAGUGUGUAAUAUCGAAUGUUGUUAUUAAGCUUUAAAUGUCUAGAGGGCAAACGCUACUCUCUGAAAGUCAUCCAACUGCCUUUUUAAUGCAGUGAUUAGAAAGUUGAAAUGAUUCCCAAACCUAAUUUGGACAAGUAACCAUAAAAUAAUGUAAAUACAGGAAGUUCAGAAUGUAAGUGCCCAGAUUAGAAAACUUUUUUUUUUUUUUUUUACUUUGGUCAGAAACAGAGAUAAUAAGCGAUAAAAGCACUUAAAAUCUUCUUGACGCAUGGGACAUUUAUACACACUCAUUUUUUUUUGGCCCCAGGACAUGUACAUUUGGAGACAAUCUCUUCUCUUAAAUCUUCGCGUAGUAAAAUCACCACUUUAUUUUAUGAAAGGUUCAGGUUAACAUUUGAUUUUAAUUAAAGCCUGCAUACUAGUACAUGAUUUUAUACUGAUAAAUCAUUCCAUCCCCUUGGUUGAGGGUGACAGGCCUAGCUUGUAUUUGGUAGAGGUCAAAGCUUUGUUUUUAAUGAGCUCAGCGUAAAAUGUGGGUGUUGCUAUGGUGACUGUUUCAUGAUGUCUGGGAGAAAGCGGCUGCGGCUUCUUAUCCCACCAUCACACACCUGCAAACAUCUUCACUGCCCGCUGGCGCAAAGCAACUGUCCAAACAAACAUGCAUAUGAAGAGAUUUAUUUCAUGCCUUUUUUUUAGUAAUUAGUUCAUUACUUAAUUUAUUUAAAUGGUGUCUUUUUUGGAGUGUUUCAAACCCUUAAUCUGCAGAUGAAGCCAACAAUUUUAUCUGGUUCGGUGACCAACAUGGUCUUUCUAAAGAAGAUAGUUGACUAGGUUAAACCAAGCUCUAUCAAAAAUUAACAUUUGCUUAAAAUGUAUUCAUCUUCAGGUCAUCUAAAAUGAGGGACAGAUUUAGAGAAAUUUAGCAUUACGCUAUUUGAUGACCAAUGGAUCCUCUGCAGUGAAUGGGUGCCGUCAGAAUGAGAGUCCAAACAGCUGAUCAAAACAUCAUAAUAAUCCACAACACGACUCCAGUUCAACUAUAAACGUUGUUGUUUGUAAAAAACAAAUCCAUCAAGACAUUUUUAAACUAAAAUAUGAAAACUAGUGAAAAAGUCAUCUCGUCUGAUUUAGGAGAGAAAUAUGCACAGAUCAAGCACUGUUUACAAGCGAAAACAGACCAAAACAAUUGUAUCAGUACAUUUUGAUGUGAAAAGAUGACAGGGAAUUGAUUUUCACUGGAUGAAGUGUCAUUAUAGAUUAUAAGUGGUUUAGAAGUGACAGUUUAAAGUUAAAAUAUCUUAAUUUGGAUUUGUUUCUUGUUUCUUCAAAAAUGCAAAUUUUCACUUAUCAUUAUGUUAAUUGAUGUUUAGGAGUUAUGUGGAUUAUUGUGAUGUUUUUUUUAUCAGCUGUUUGGACUGUCAUUCUGACAGCACCCAUUCACUGCAGAGGAUUCACUGCUGAGCGAGCGAUGCAAUGCUAAAUUUCUUCAAAUCUGUUUUGAUAAAGAAACAAACUCAAGUACAUUUCAGAAGGCUUGGGUGUAAGUAAUUGUUUCUUCAAAUUUUCAUUUUUGGGUGAACUAUUAAUUUGAAGGAUUAGUUCACUUCCAGAACAAAAAUUUCCUGAUCAUUUACUCAUCCUUAUGUCAUUCAAGAUGUUCAUGUCUUUCUUUCUUCAGUCAAAAAGAAACUAAGAUUUUUGAGGAAAACAUUCCUGGAUGGGUUGAAAGUCCAUAUUGCAGUUUCAAUGGAGCUUCAAAGGACUCUACACAAUCCCACCUGAGGUAUAAGGGUCUUAUCUAGUGAAACGAUCAGUCAUUUCCAAUAAAUAAAUAAAUAAAUUGAUAUAUGUUUUAACCACAAAUGCUCAUCUUGCACUAGCUCGACCUCACACAUUACACAAUCACGUUGGAAAGGUCACGCAUAACGUAGGCGGAAGUACCGACCCAGUGUUUACAAAGCAAAUGUGCAAAGAAAAUCAAACACCCUUUACAAAAACAACACUGUCAGAUUAUUUUGAAGUUCAAGGAGAAAAAGAGAUGUAUUUUUUGGCCCUACCCAAACUUUUUGAACCGAAGUACACAGCUGAAGAACAAACCUCGCUUAACCUUUCUGACAUGAUUACCUAAUGUGCGGAGACGUAGACGCAUAUUGCAGAACUAGUGCAAGAUGAGCAUUUGUGGUUUAGGCAGUGGUUAUUUGCAAUAGUUAUUUGCGAUAAAGGCUGUUUACACUAAGUGCAAAUAGCAACAGAGGCUAUGUACACUAAGAGAAAAUAGCCUAUUUUCUUAGCAUUUGAUGCUAUUUACACUAAGUGCAAAUAGCAGUAUUUUUUAGCUAUAUGUUAUUUACACUAAGUGCAAAUAGCUGUAGAUUCUAUUUACACUACGUUAAAAUAGCAGGAUUUAUUUAUACUACUUAUUGCAAAUAGAGGCUAUUAUCUGUAUUAUUAUCUGUAUUACCUCAGUAUUGCAGUAGGCUACAUUAUAAAACAGAAUGCAAUGGUAACAAAUUGAGUGUAAAUUAUAAUUUUAAUUCAAAUUAUUAAAUGGAUUUCACCAAGUCCUCCCUACAUCUACUGUAACCCUAACUUUAUUUUCAAUUAUUAUUAUUUUUAUUUAUUUAUUAUUAUUAUUAUUAUUAUUAUUAUUAUUAUUAUUAUUAUUAUUUCCUUAUUUAUUAUGUGAUAUGAGAUUUAAAAAAGGAGAAAAAAAAUAAAUUUGGCAAAAGGCAGAUUCGAACCCGGGUAGGUCAUGUCCAGAAAGACUACGACACUCGCUUUACAAUGGACGCCACUGCAGCUUGUGAUCAAUAUUCAUUUGUUUGUAAUGUUGAAUAUCACCAUUACACGUUGGUGGGCGGAGUUAGCGUAAACAGCUUUUGCCGGCUAUUUGCACUUAGUGUAAACAGACCCUCAGAAAUUUUGGAUUCACAAUAAGACCCUUAUUUCUUGGCUAGGAUUGUGUAAAACACUGAAACUGCACUGAAACUACAGUGUGAACCUUCAACCCUUUGGCCACCACUGAAGUCUACUAAUCCUAUAUGUUUUCCUCAAAAACCUCAAUUUCUUUUUGACUAAAGUAAGAAAGGCAUGAACAUUUUGGAUGACAUGGGGGUGAGAAAAUUAUCAGGAAUAUUUUGUUCUGCAAGUGAACUAAUCCUUUAAGCUAAAUUGUUAAGCAGAUUAAUGGGAACACUGGCUUCCCAUCAUUUGUUACUGCUGGUGUUUUUUUUUUUUUUUUUUUUUUUUUUUUUUUUUUUUUUUAGAUCGGUCAUUUCUGUUUUAACCCUAAUCAUGCAACUGCCAAACAUUUUCAGAUAACCAACUAUAAACUAAAAAAAAAGAAGUUGUUAUUUCAUACCAGUUGAGUUUUACAAACCAGUCAGAUCUUCAGUAUUUUCACUGUAAAUCCUGAGGGACAAUUACUAAUUGAGUCGUUAUUGACCGAACAGUUUUCAGACUGUGACGGUCACUGUAUUGAUCUGAUCAAUGGACUUUGGACCUUAUUUAUAAGGCUGACCAUAAUGAACCGGUUUUAGCUAUGGUUCAGUGGGAUGAAAUGGACUGGGACCAAGCCAAGAUGAUCAUCUAUCAUCUUCUCUGCAGUGGAUUGCACUAUAAGAAAUGGAGUUGAAUAUAUGCUGAACAGAGAAAUGGCCUUCACUUUAUCAAAGACUUCGAUUUAUGGACUGGAAGGUCUCACGUCGGUAUGUAAAAAUACUUCACUGAGAAACUCUAACUGCCACAAUGAAGUUUGAUGAAGCGCUGAUUGUUAAUUAUGGCUUAUAAUACAGCCUAAUUGGAAAGACUUUUGAAAUGUCCUUCAAAGUCUCUUUUCGAUUAAGGAAAUAAACUGCAGUUUGCUGGUACCAUUGCGGUUCCUAAUAGAGGAACAUGUGUUAUUUAGACCAGCGCGAUUCACAAUCUUCAAACCACAGUAAACCUUCAUUUAGAAGUGUACUGCGAAGUAUCACAAUUUUCUGCUCGGCAAAAAACGUGUAGAUAUUACGAUUCUUAGUAAAAGUCCUGUCUGUUGAUGUUGAGAGGUCUUUAUAUAGAGGCCUCAAAUCUAGUGUAGCAAAUGAACACAGGUGUGUUCAGCGCAAGUCUGCUUCACCUGCACUGCAAAAAUGUUUCAUUUUGUAUUGAAAAACCACUGUUGAAUUAAACGACUCAUUAAACACCA